AUGGUUUCCAUAAAAACUGUGCGAAACGGAUAUGACUUACCAGUUAAAGGACUUGAUAAUGGAUUUUUCUAUCCUAUCCACAUCGUAGCCCUCACAACGAUCGCAGUGAGUUUUGCAUGUGCCAUGACAAUCUUAAUCAUUUCGUUUAGGAGAAAAGCAGCAUUCUUUGGGAGGCCCAAAACUAAACGUUUCGUAGUUUAUCUUGCGAUAUGUGAUGGGGAUUUUAACAUAUUUCAUUGUAUGGAUCAUCUUCACUACCUGAUGACAAUGUCACACCCUCGUCCACCGGUAAUGUCUCAGAUGUUAUGUGUAAAUGCAAUAGCCAUCAAUGCUUUUUAUAUGAUGUACUUUGGAAAUUGUGCUAUGAACGGUGUAACAGGAGGCGUGAUAUUACUCAUGUUUACUACAGCACUAUCACUUUUGAUUCUAGUGACCAACUGUAUUUUGUAUGCAUUGGUAUGGCGAAAACUACGAACUGAAUCAAAGAGAAUACAAGAUUCAAUUGGUAAAGAGGCGUCAUCAGCUAAAGCAUCACAUCAAGCUGUUAGAACCAUGAUGUUAUUUGUAGUGAUGUUUGUCAUACAAUAG